CUGUGGUGGAAAUGAUUACGAAGUACCUACCAAAUAAUUCUUGUUUUCGAUAAUAUUUAUUUAAUUACAUAGUACGAUUACGAAAUGAAAAUUUAACAAGAAAUUAUAAGCCGUUUAUUUUCCUCUUAUGUUUGUUUUCUAGUUCUUACAACAGUAGUUAUUGAAUGUGUACGGAACUCAAUCUAAGGCCAACAAGAUUUGUAUUUAUAAAAUGCCGCGUUUUGCUCAUUUACAACUCUAUCAAGUGCACAUAGCAGAUGGGUUUUCAAGUGACUGUGAUGACAUAGUGCACAGGUGCAUGCAACUUAAAACCCUGGACUUCCAGGAGUUCUCUAAAAUAUGGAAGGCAAUGAACUUUGAUUUGCUCUAUCAGGGCCGAUCAUCAAGUGCAGAAAUAGCAGAGUUAUCUGAGGAGAUGAUUCAAAUAGCUAAAUAUUAUAUGGUCAAGAACACAAGUUAUUAUGAGGAAUCGAUCGCGGGCCUAUUUAUCGUCUACAGUUUGUUAAACCUACAGCCGUUUUCUGGAUUUGCCUGUCUCCGCAUUACCCCCAAUGAUGUGAAUGCUAUCAACAGAAUAGAAUUGGUAGCAAGACGGGAGCGGAGACUUGACAUACUGUACAUACUUGGCGAAGUGCUGGUUAAAUGGACCCAGUAUCACGUUACUGAGCGGCCCAGGGGGAUGGAGUUGGUCAUAAGAAAGUAUUUAGAAGGAUACACAAGCAUGGACAGGUUAGGAGUGCGUCCGAGGGGAGUAUUCUAUCGUCAGAACGAGGAGUUGGAUCAUAUCAGAGAUCUUGGAUCAGCGGAGCGGCAAUACAAGCUGGCCAAAAAAGCACUCUUUGGUGACUCUCCCAACGUACCGAGUCUCAAGUACAUUAACGAGAACUUGGCGGGCGAGCUUAACGCGUCGCUUAGGAAGCUCAUCAGCGGAAUCAUUGAUGACUGCGAGGAUCCUGACAUGAACGACCCUGAUUCGUCAGAAGAUGAAAAUAAAACUGCUGAAAAACGAUCUAGAACAGUGCACAGCAUUAAAGAAAAAGCCAUGACGAAUGCGGUCGAUCCUAUGAAUCAUCUUGUAACUGCAGAGGAGAGAAAACAACCAACAACUUGUUCAAAGGCCAAGAGUGAUCUCAAAAACCCUACCGGUAAAGUCAAAUCGAGCUCUCACACCCAAAUGAUCACACCAUCACUGGGAAAACUGAAUAUUGCAGACGUAAAAAGAAAAUCUAAAAGAGAUAUUGAUAUCGAGGACUCUGAUGGUGGUAACGAUGGGAAUGGCGAUUUUAAUGAUGCAGUAUUGGAUAUUGCAAAGUUCCACAAGGUUCCUGCGGAUAAUAAUGCAAGAAACUACGAAACGACGACACAGGAUCUCCUUCAGCGUCUAUCCGAACUCCCAGGAUUAGACAUCCAAAUUGAAUCUCUACCAUUAAUAUUGCGACCGGGAGAUUUGGGCGAUGAAAUAGAAAUCGAAGUUAUAGACCAUGCAAAAUCUAGGUUGGGCGACGGUAACAAAAUUCAAAUCAAAAACAGCAACAACGCAACAACUUCUAGCAGCGAAGAUGAUGAACCGCUGUCUGUGAAAGCGGGUGUAAUCAAAACGUACAACAAAAAUAAAAGAGACAGAAAACAGCUUGAAGUAAAUGAACCACAAUUCCCAGUGAAGAAAAAGGAAAAGAGAGAACAGAAACGUCGCGAGAUAAAGUCUAAGUUCAAGAGGUUGGGAAUGUUGCCAGUCGCAAACUUCGAAGAUCAGUCUACAAACGUGAAGGGUGAUAAUAAUAAGGAUAAAGAUAAAGCGCGAACAAAAUGAAGACCUAUAUAAAGCUAUAAAGCUAAUGGAGAAGUCCAAUGUCAAUUUGUUCCGGCUAGAGGGCGCCAAAUAUUUGAUACUAAAUAUUGUCUAAUGAUAUUGAUCUACCGUCAAUCUCCUUACCAUUUGUACUUUUCGUUACCUUUUUUUAUUUAAAGGAGAGCAGCCAGAGCGUUAUCUAUGCUACUACUACCAUCUUCUACUGUGAUUACUAUCUCAGCCCAACUAAAAGUGGUGAUUAUUGGCUAACCCGCCCGUUGGGAGAGGCCUCCAGUCCAACCGUUCUGUUAUUGGCUAUAGAUGUUACUUUUACCUUUUUACAACACAGUGGAUUGGUGUUUACGCCACAAUAAUGUUGUUUUGAUUCCUAAUCCUAAUCCCUACUAAUAUUAUAAAUGUGGUUGUAAGUUUGUUAGUUACGCUUUCACGCGAAAACUACUUA